CACUGCUCUUUGUGACCUAAUGAAAUGAAACUUUACCCUUUUCCCUUUCUGUUUGUAGUCGUCUGAUUAAAGAAUUUAAAAGCGGAGGACUCGUUUUCUGCUUCGGCUAGUGCCUUCUCUUGUGCGAACUUUUAUUUUUAGUUUAUGUCUUCAGUUGUAAACGCUAAUAUGUCUACAAAAUCCGAAGAUAUCAUCGGAGAAACUUGGGAUUAUUGUGUUGCUGAUACGCUUGUUAAAUCUGGUGCAGGGCUCCUGACUGGCUCCUUACUGUCUCUUAUAUUGUUUAAAAGAAGAAAAUGGCCCAUCAUUUUUGGCCUUGGAUCUGGCUUUGGCAUGGGAUUGGCAAACUGUCAGCAUGCUUUUAGGGAUCCUCAUUUAAAUAAAAUGCUUAAUUACAAGCUAAAAUCUAAAGAAACACAAAAUGAGAAGAAAGAAUCUUAGUACUUUAGAUAAUUGUUCGAAGUUUUUUUAUUUUUUUCCAUUUUUAGUUACUGUUUGAAAUGAAGUAGAAAGAUAUUAUAUUGUAUUUGUUAGCAAUGUACCUUUGUAUAUUGUUCCUGUAUUUUUCCAGAACCUAAAAAUUCAACAUUUAAUAGAAUAAAAAAUUCCAACAAAAAUUCAA